AUGCCCGCUGAAUCCGCAUCUCGCGGCGACCUUCGAGAGCAGCACGCGUCCUCCAUGGAAGGAACCAGCAGCGGGGAUGAUGAGGCGGAGUACUCUUCUAACGACACGGUGGCGGCGGCGGCGGCUGACUCCGCCCCGUACAUUGGGCAGCGGUUUCCGACCCACGACGCGGCGUACGAGUUCUACGGCGGGCACGCGAAGCGGCGCGGGUUCUCGAUCCGGCGGCACCGGACGGAGGGCAAGGACGGCGUGGGCAAGGGGCUCACCCGGCGGUACUUCGUGUGCCACCGCGCCGGGAACGCGCCCUUGAAGCCCUUCGGCGACGGCGCCACGCCGCAGAGGAACAGGAGGUCCUCCCGCUGCGGGUGCCGAGCGCUCCUACGCAUCGGCAGGGACGCCGGCGCGGGGGGUCCGGAGUGGCGGGUCACGGGCUUCUCCGACCACCACAACCAUGAGCUGCUCCGGCAGGAUCAAGCGCGGUCUCUCCCCGUCAUCUCGGACACAGACAGAGAGCGGAUCUUACUGCUUGCGAAGUCUGGGAUCUCUGUGCAGCAGAUGAUGAGGAUAAUGGAGCUGGAGAAGUGCGUUGAGCCGGGGAGCCUCCCGUUCGCCGAGAAGGAUGUGAGGAACCUCACUCAUUCCUUCAAGAGGCUCGACCAGGAGGAAGAGAAGGUGGACCUGCUUGAAAUGUGCAGAAUUUUCAAGGAGAAGGAUCCCAAUUUCAAGUAUGAUUUCACCCGAGACGCGCACAACCGCCUUGAGAAUAUCACCUGGUCGUAUGCAUCGUCGAUUCAGUCUUACGAGGCAUUUGGUGAUGCUGUUGUAUUUGACACCUCCCAUCGGUUAACUGCGCUGGACAUGUCGCUAGGUAUUUGGAUUGGGAUGAACAAUCAUGGCAUGCCGUGCUUCUUCGGCGGCACGCUUCUAAGGGAGGAGAAUCUGCAAUCCUUCACUUGGGCAUUACAGGUGUUUCUCAACUUCAUGAACAGAAAAGCCCCUCAGACGAUAUUGACUGAUCAGAAUAUAUGUCUCAAAGAAGCAGUUGAAAAGGAGCUUCCAAACACAAAGCAUGCGUUCUCCAUCUGGCGUAUUGCAGCCAGGUUUCCAUCUUGUUUCAAUCCGGUUCUUGGGGAACACUACAAUGACUGGGAAAAUGAGUUCUAUAGGCUGUACAACAUGGAAAGCACAAUAGAGUUUGAUCUUGGGUGGAGUGGCAUGGUGGACUGUUACAGGCUACAUGGAAAUAGAGACAUUUCUAGUCUGUUUGCUUCACGGAGUAGCUGGGCAUCGCCAUAUUUGAGAGGGCAUUUUUCGGCAGGGCUGACUGCUUCUCCAGGAGUAUCAAAAUCAAUAAAUGAUUUCAUUCAGCGGCUCUUGAGUGCUCAAAGAUACCUAUCCCGUUUUAUUGAGCAGGUUGCGCUAGUUGUGGACUACAAAGACCAAGCUGGGGAGCAACAAACAAUGCAACAAAAUUUGCAGAACAUAAGCUUCAAGACAGCAACUCUAAUGGAAGGCCAUGCCGCGGCUAUUCUCACCCCAUAUGCAUUCUCGAAGCUACAGGAUGAGCUUGUUGCGGCUGCCCAUUACGCAUCCUUCAACUUGGAAGGGGAUGUUUUUCUUGUCCGGCACCAUACCAAGACAGAAGGCGGGUGCAUAGUCACAUGGAACCAAAGGGAGGAGCAAAUUUCUUGCAGCUGCCAAAUGUUUGAGUCAUCAGGGAUCCUCUGCAGGCAUACACUGCGCGUCCUCACAACGCUAAACUACUUUCAGAUCCCGGACCAUUACCUUCCUGUCCGAUGGCACAAAAACUUGCCGCCACGUUCCAAGUCCUUGAAUGGCGCUCCUAAUCAUUGCGGAGCAUCAGAGAGGGUGAAAGCACUUCAAUGUAUUGUCUCCGCUCUGGUCAGCGAAGCAGCUAAAUCGGACGAACGGAUGGAUCUUGCGACACACGAGGUUUCAGUCCUCUUGUCCCGGAUUAGGCAGCAACCUGUUUCGGUGAAUGUUUCAGGUGACAGUGCUCACUCUUCACUGGCAGCAGUGGCUAAGCAUUGCAUUUCUUCAGAGAAUGUAAACAUUAGCAAGUAGAAAGCUACAAGCAUACAAUACGAGUUUAAGCAGCUUUAUUUCUGGAGUAUAUCCUUGGCAUUCCCAGGGCAACAGUUCUGAAAUGUAAUGUCCUGUCUCUGAAGUAUGUUUAAAUUAGAUAA